AACCGCUUUGGGCGACGGCCCCGGGGACUCGGAGCACUAAAACGGACGGACCGCAGAGGUUGUCUGAAGGCCGAGGCCAAGAUGGCGGCGCUGGCGGCUCCCAGCCUGCUCCGCCCGAUCCUCACUCUGUGCUCUGGCAUGGGUGCAGCUGCUCAGGUACGAUGUGUCCAUGGGAGUUUGGCUGCUGACAGCCCAAGCAGCACACAGCCCGCCAUGUCCAAGGCUGGAGCCAUGGUCCCCAAACCCAGCUCACUUCCCAGCAGCCGCGGCGAGUAUGUGGUGGCCAAGCUGGACGACCUCAUCAACUGGGCCCGCCGGAGCUCCCUGUGGCCCAUGACCUUUGGCCUGGCCUGCUGUGCCGUGGAGAUGAUGCAUAUGGCAGCACCCCGCUAUGACAUGGACCGCUUUGGUGUGGUCUUCCGAGCCAGCCCUCGCCAGUCAGAUGUCAUGAUUGUGGCCGGGACGCUCACCAACAAGAUGGCCCCUGCUCUCCGCAAGGUCUAUGACCAGAUGCCAGAGCCUCGCUAUGUUGUAUCCAUGGGGAGCUGCGCCAAUGGAGGAGGUUACUACCACUACUCAUACUCCGUCGUGAGGGGCUGUGACCGCAUCGUGCCUGUGGACAUCUAUGUCCCAGGCUGCCCACCUACAGCCGAGGCCCUGCUCUAUGGCAUCCUGCAGCUGCAGAAGAAGAUCAAGCGGGAGAAGAGACUCAAGAUCUGGUACCGAAGGUAGUGCCGCCCGACUGCCACCCUGUGUCCCCUUUGUCAUCCUGAGAGAUGGUCAAUAAAUUUGAGAAACCUACCUGGACAAAAA